AUGAUAAACAUUGGAAACGGAGGGGAGAAGAAGAGGAUCAUCCGGAAGAAACAAGGAUUUAUUAUAAGGGGGAGUUAG